GUCCCGCCCCAGCCGCUGUGGUUUGCUCCGGGAUUGGCUAACGUCAGGAAGCUCCAGGAGCUGCCCUAUCAGCUGCUGCAUGCAGGUCUGUGGGAGGAGCUACAGCAGGAGGUCAUCGGCAGUGCCGAGUGGCUGUACUGUAAGAGCAGGGUCUGCGUGUCCAGUGUGAUCCAGGACCUGGAGUGCUGCCAGUACAUGGACUGCACUGAGACCAGGCUGGUCCGAGACACUCUGGUCCUGAUCAAACCAAGUCUGGACUUCCUGGACGGUCACAUGGAUAUGUCUCUGUUUUACACUGAGCUGUUAGCCAGACUCUGCGCCUUGGCCACGCCUUUCCCCUCUGUGAUUGGCCGGCUGUGUAGCCAGUGCGAGGAGUGGUUACUGACGUGUCCCGAGCCGAUCCUCAUUCCCAAGUGCAGUUUCCUGCAGCAGCCAGGGGGGGCGCUACAACACACACUGACCGGACUGCAGGGAGGUGUUCUCUGUAUGGACGUCGGUGUGGAGGCGGAGCUUCUGGUUGCAGGCUCAGAUGAUGGCGUGGUGGCGGUCUGGAGCCUCGCUGCCCAGCACCUCAUACACUCACUGCUGGGACACACAGGUGCAGUUCUAUCGGUCAAAGUGAUUGACAGCUCCACUCGCUGCCUCUCAUUGGCUGCUGACGGCUCCUUGAGGAGGUGGAGCCUGAUGAACGGCCAACAGCUUCUCUGCAUUCAGGAGGCGGUGCCUGUUGACUCCACCCCUUCCUCAGUACACCUGCACCUGUCUGAACUACUGCUCUUUGUUUACACCAGUACACAGGUGAAGGUGUGGAGGCUGGACGGCGCUGAGCUCCUCAGCAGCAGUGAUGAAGGCUCGGUGGUUCUGGGAAUUCUGGGAGAAUCUGUAGUUUCUCUGUCUGAUGCUGGCGUGGUCAGAAUGUGUCAUCCUGUUAACGGCACUCAAACCGUGGAGACUCAGCUGGAGUACUCGCGGAGACGACUGACUCUCGUGAACUGUGUGACUUCACCCAAACGUGGCAAAGUGUUCAUGGUUUCUACAGACGGACUCCUCCGUCAGAUUUCCAGGACGGGGAAACAGACAGCCGUCGAGUUUCCUCUGCUUCCUUCUUUGCUUUCAGUCACUGAAGAUGAAAAAAUACUGAUAGCAGGCAGCGAUCGGACUCUGAGCCUCUUUAACAUCUCCAGAGACGAGGUGGACGGAUUCCUCAACCUCCAACAUGACGACAGCGUUUUGUCAGCCUGCGUCUCAUCAGACCGCCGGCUGCUCGUCUCCGGAGCUGCCGACCAACUCGUACGAAUCUGGUCGGUGACCACCGGUACGUUGUUGGACGCUCUGUGUGGUUCGUACGCUCCCGUCACCGCAGUCCUUCUGUACAACGGCUCUGUGGUUUCAGCCUCGUCGGCCGCCGCCGCCAUCCAUCGGUGGAGUCUGAAAUACGACACCCGCCACAAACCCACCGGCCACAUCCCCGCAGGCUGCGCCCACGUCGCCAUCACUACAGACGGAGAUCGGGUUUUCUACGUCCGAGAGCAGAGCCAGACCGAGGUCAUCAGCUGGAACAGCAACACAGGUUCUCCAUUGGAGCAUUUGGCGGUCUCCGCUGAGGUUUGCUGUCUGGAGUUAGCUCAGCGCAAACGCUUGCUGCUCUGCGGUCUGACCAGCGGCACCAUCCUCAUCUACCCGAUGGCCCUUCCCCAGGAGACGCUCUGCAUCCCCCCUCCGGAGAGCCUCUCCAGGGUGCUCUGCCUGGCCGUCGGCUCCCAGGAGAAGCACCUGGCGGUGGCCUACGAGGACUCGUUGUGUCUGUUUGAGAUCACCAACAGAGACGGCUUCCCCACAGUGGAGGGACCCCUGGAGAGGUUCCCGCUGUCCCUCCUCCACUCCCCGCUGUCCUCCAUGGCGCUGCUGUCCAAACGCCGGCUGCUGUACGGGACGAUCUGCGGGGAGGUGAAGCUCCACGACUUCAGCCGGGGCAGCAGCUCCGAUCUGGAGCCUCAUCGCAGCAGAGUGACCUGUGUGACGGCAGGUAACUGGGGGGACCACGCCCUGGUGGGCUCUGAGGACGCCGUACAGAGGCUGUGGGGCCUGAACCCGCUGGUCCUGGACCACACCAUGGAAUACAAGGGGUUUUUCUUCGAGGGCGUCCUCUCUGCUGCUUUCUCUGAGAGCGACCAGUUCGUCUUCACAGGAUCUCAGGACAGAAGCAUCAACGUCUGGGACGUCGCUACAGGAAACCUGCUGUAUGUUCAGUACGUCGACUCGCCCGUCGUCAGGAUGGUGACCUUCAGGAACGGCUUUGUGGGCUUGUCUCAGCAGGGCUCUGUCAUCAGAGAGGUGUUUCGCUGUCCGGACCACAUCAGUCCGGACCACAACCCAUUGAGAAACGUCAAGGCCCAGUACCGGGUCACCUCCAGGGAGAAGAACCGGGACGGCCAGCAGGCCCCCGGGUCCAACCUCCAGGACUUCAACCCGGCCCAGCUCAAUCUGAACCUCAUGAGCACGUUAAGAGCCAAACCCUCCUCCACCUGUCUCAUACUGUAGGACACCGGGUCC